UUCCUUCAUCUAUCCGCGCCGCGCGUUCUCUCUCCUCUUCUCCUCUCCAUUUUUAGACCUUUUCGUAAAAAAAUCUUCUAUUUUCUUUUCCGUUGUCGAUCUCUCAAAUCACAUCACCGUAACGAAGUGAAGAGAUUUGAUUCACAGAAAAAGAAAAAAAAGUCGUUCCCUUUCUAUCCAUCCGAGAAACUCUCUCUCUUUUUAACCUAGAUUAGUCGGUAACAUCAGCUGUAAAAUUCCAAGAUUCUGCAACCGCUUCUUUUUUUUUUACUGUGAUGAUUACAGUGACGCGACCUAUUAGUCACGGAUUCGUCGCGUGGAGUUUAUCGCCGCUGAUGUAGAAACCCUAGUUUCGUCACUAGUCGUCUUCUUUGGGUGGUUAGUAAAUGGGGUCGAGAGGUGGGAAGUCGAUACCUGAUUCAGCAAUGUCGUCCAAAGGCUCCAAAUCUAGACCUGAUAGCGACUCCAAACCUAAGCGACACAAGACGCUGGAAGCUCCUAAAGAGCCGCGUCGACCUAAAACUCACUGGGACCAUGUUAUAGAGGAGAUGAUUUGGCUGUCAAAGGAUUUUGAGUCGGAGAGGAAAUGGAAGCUGGCGCAGGCGAAGAAAGUUGCUUUGAGGGCCAGCAAAGGAAUGUUAGAUCAGGCUUCUAGGGAAGAAAGGAAGCUAAAGGAAGAAGAACAGAGACUAAGGAAAGUAGCCCUUAAUAUCUCUAAAGACGUUAAGAAGUUUUGGAUCAAAGUUGAGAAGCUGGUGCUGUACAAGCAUCAGCUAGUACGCAAUGAGAAAAAGAAGAAGGCUAUGGACAAGCAACUUGAGUUUCUGUUAGGCCAGACCGAGAGGUACUCAACUAUGUUGGCAGAAAAUUUGGUGGAGCCUUAUAAACACGGUCAGAACAACUCUCCGAAACCUAUUCUGGCUAUUGAAUCAAAAAGUGAUGAGGAAAGGGCAGAAGAGACACCUUCGGAGUUGAAUGCUUCUGCAGGUCUUGAAUCAGGAACUCUAGAUGUCGAUGAGGAUUAUGAUCUCAAUUCCGAGGAUGCGUCUGAAGAUGAUGAAGAUACUAUUGAGGAGGAUGAAAAGCACUUCACCAAACAGGAAAGGCAGGAAGAGUUGGAAGCUUUGCAAAAUGAAGUGGAUCUACCAGUUGAGGAGCUACUCAGACGUUAUACUGCUGGUAGAGUCAGCGGAGAAACCAGCCUAGAAAAGGAUGAAAAUGAAGCUAAUCUGGCAUCAGUAGGUGAAGAUCAUAUCGAGGAUGACAAAAACAAUCUUACAGCUUCUGAAGAAACUGAAGCGAGCCCAAGUGUUCGUCGUUCUAAUGAUAGCUUUGAUCAUUUAGCAGUAUCCGAGACCCAUUCACAUGACCACAAGCCAGGCCCAAAAACUACCUCUGUGGAGUCUGGAAAGGAAGAUCAGACCUAUGAUUUCAACGAUGAACAGGAGGAUGUUGACUUUGUUGCUGCCACUGGUGAGGAAAAGGAUGAUGAGACGACACUGUCCGUUGAAGAGGAACUGGCAAAAACAGAUAAUGUGGACCCCGUGGACGAGAUUGCCCUGCUGCAGAAGGAGAGUGAAAUGUCUAUUGAAGAAUUGCUUGCAAGGUAUAAGGAGGAUUUCGGUGGCAAGGAUUUAUCUGAAGAUGACUCUGGAUAUUCAUGUGCACUAUCUGAAGACACUGCAGUAGAGUCUCACAAUAUCAGGCAGCAAGCUGAUUCAGAUGACGAAAAUGUUAAAUCAGCCGAAUGUAAGCUAGCUUUACAGCCUUGCUCAGAAAAAGACGAAGGCACAUCCAAUGGAAUAAAAGAAGAUAAUGGUAAAGAUAGUAGUGACAAAAUUGCUGAUGCAGCAGCAGCAGCAAGAUCUGCACAGCCAACUGGAUUUACAUACUCUACAACAAAAGUUAGAACGAAGUUGCCCUUUCUUCUCAAGCAUUCUUUGCGUGAGUACCAACACAUUGGCUUAGACUGGCUUGUCACGAUGUAUGAGAAAAGGUUAAAUGGGAUUUUAGCUGAUGAAAUGGGUCUUGGAAAGACAAUCAUGACCAUCGCUCUUCUCGCGCAUCUUGCUUGUGAUAAGGGGAUAUGGGGUCCCCAUCUGAUUGUGGUUCCAACAAGUGUGAUGCUUAAUUGGGAAACUGAAUUUCUUAAAUGGUGUCCUGCAUUUAAAAUUCUCACUUAUUUUGGGAGUGCAAAGGAGCGGAAACUCAAGAGACAAGGAUGGAUGAAGCUGAACUCCUUCCAUGUAUGCAUUACAACCUAUAGGCUAGUUAUCCAGGACAGUAAGAUGUUCAAGCGCAAGAAGUGGAAGUACUUGAUUCUUGACGAAGCCCAUUUAAUUAAGAACUGGAAGUCUCAGAGAUGGCAGACUCUGUUAAACUUCAAUUCUAAACGAAGAAUUUUGUUGACUGGUACGCCGCUGCAGAAUGAUCUUAUGGAACUGUGGUCGCUGAUGCAUUUUCUGAUGCCACAUGUCUUUCAGUCCCACCAGGAAUUCAAAGAUUGGUUCUGUAACCCGAUAGCAGGGAUGGUGGAGGGCCAAGAUAAAAUCAACAGAGAAGUUAUUGAUCGCUUGCAUAAUGUCCUCCGUCCUUUCCUUCUACGGCGCCUAAAAAGAGAUGUAGAGAAACAACUUCCUCAGAAGCAUGAGCAUGUUAUUUUCUGCAGAUUGUCUAAGAGGCAGCGCAACUUGUAUGAGGACUUCAUAGCAAGCACAGAAACACAGACUACACUUAACAGCGGAAGCUUUUUUGGGAUGAUAAGUGUCAUAAUGCAACUGCGGAAAGUUUGUAACCAUCCUGAUCUCUUUGAAGGUCGGCCUAUUGUAAGUUCUUUUGAUAUGCCGGGAAUUGAUGUGCAGUUAAGUUCAAGAAUCUGCUCUCUGCUUUUGAAAAGUCCAUUUUCCAGAGUCGAUCUUGAGGCUAUGGGAUUCUUAUUCACCCAUCAUGAUUUUACUAUGACUGCGUGGGAAGGAGAUGAGAUCAAAGCUAUUUCAACGCCCUCAGAUUUGAUCAAGCAGCGCGUGGACUUGAAGGAUAAUCCAGAAGAAAUUCCUCUGAGUUUAGUAAACCGCAAAAAUCUGCAAGGGACAAAUAUUUUUGAAGAAAUCCGGAAGGCGGUCUUUGAGGAAAGGGUUAAAGAAUCGGAGGAUCGGGCAGCAGCCAUUGCAUGGUGGAAUUCUUUGAGAUGUCAGAGAAAGCCUACUUACUCUACAUCUUUGAGAAGUCUUUUAACCAUUAGGGGUCCUCUUGAUGAUAUACACCACCUUAAAGCUAAUCGUACAUCUUACAUGUAUUCCUCAAUGCUCGCUGACAUAGUUCUUUCACCGAUCGAGCGUUUUCAGAAGGUAAUUGAGCUAGUCGAAGCUUUCACGUUUGCGAUUCCAGCUGCACGAGUGUCUUCACCUGCUUGCUGGUGCAGCAAAAGUGACUCUCCAAUUUUUCUUAGUCCAUCGUACAGGGAGAAAGUUACAGAUCUUGUAUCACCUCUUCUGUCUCCGAUUAGACCCGCAAUCGUUAGGAGACAAGUAUAUUUUCCAGAUAGGCGGCUGAUACAGUUUGACUGUGGUAAGCUGCAGGAGCUUGCUAUGUUACUGAGAAAAUUAAAAUUUGGGGGUCACAGAGCAUUGAUAUUCACGCAAAUGACAAAGAUGCUUGACGUCUUGGAGGCUUUCAUCAAUUUAUACGGUUAUACCUACAUGCGUCUUGACGGUUCUACUCCACCAGAAGAGAGGCAGACAUUAAUGCAGCGGUUUAACACAAAUCCCAAGAUUUUUCUUUUUAUCUUGUCAACCCGAAGUGGGGGUGUUGGCAUAAACCUUGUUGGUGCAGACACGGUUAUCUUCUAUGACAGUGACUGGAAUCCCGCAAUGGAUCAACAAGCUCAAGAUCGCUGCCACAGGAUUGGUCAGACACGGGAAGUGCAUAUUUAUCGGUUGAUAAGUGAGAGCACCAUUGAAGAGAAUAUCUUGAAGAAAGCAAACCAGAAGCGUGCGCUUGAUAACCUAGUGAUUCAGAAUGGUGAAUAUAACACCGAGUUUUUCAAGAAGCUCGACCCAAUGGAAUUGUUCUCUGGGCAUAAGACUCUGGCCAGGAAGGAUGAAGAGGAAAAGAUCAAGAAUUGUGAGUCGGAGCUCCCUCUGUCAAAUGCUGAUGUCGAGGCUGCUUUAAAACAUGCAGAAGAUGAAGCAGAUUAUAUGGCUCUCAAAAGAGUAGAAGAAGAAGAAGCUGUGGACAAUCAAGAGUUUACAGAAGAACCUGUAGAGAGACCAGAAGACGAUGAGCUAGUUAAUGAGGAUGAUAUAAAGUCUGAUGAGCCUGCUGAUCAAGGUGUAGCUACAGCAGAGUCGACUAAAGAAGAAAUUUCAUUGUUACCUGCUGAUAACACGGAUGAGAGAGCUGACAUGAUUACUUUAAGCCAAGAAGAAGACAAUGAUGUACCAGAUGAUGUCAAGCAAAUGGCUGCAGCAGCCGCCGCUUCUGGACAAGCUAUCUCAUCCUUUGAGAACCAGCUGCGUCCUAUUGAUAGAUAUGCGAUUAGAUUUUUAGAGGUUUGGGACCCCGUCAUUGUUGAGGCUGCGAUUGAAAAUGAAGCGGGAUUUGAAGAGAAAGAAUGGGAACUUGACCACAUUGAGAAGUACAAGGAGGAAAUGGAAGCUGAAAUUGAUGAUGGUGAAGAGCCUCUUGUUUAUGAGAAAUGGGAUGCUGAUUUUGCAACCGAGGCAUACAGACAGCAAGUUGAAGUUUUAGCUCAGCACCAGUUGAUGGAAGAUCUAGAAAAUGAAGCUAGAGAGAGGGAAGCUGCAGAGGAGGCUGAAAGGCGUUUGGCACUGAACGAAAGUGCCCCUGUACUUAAACCUAAGAAGAAGAAAAAGGUGAAGAAAGCCAAAUAUAAAUCCCUGAAAAAAGGAUCACUGGGGUCCGAAUCAAAACAAGUGAAGCCAGUGGUGAAAGUUGAAGAUUCGACUGAUGAUGAGGAUGAAGAAUGCGGAUAUGUGAGUAGCAGCGAUUCAGACAUGGUCUCACCGCGUUUGCAGAAACGUAUAAAGGGCAAGAAAAGAGAAUUAGUCUUCGACACUGAUGAAGAGAAGAACUCAAAGAAGAAAGCAAAGAAGCAGAAGAAGUCUCUUUCACAUUCAGAUAUCAAAUGCAAGAGUCCGCAUGAGGAACUACUUCCAUCAAAGCCAUCUGACAGUAUGGCUGUUGAUAAUGAAUUGAAACCGGCAAACAGGGGUAAAACUCUAGGGAAAAAAUUCAUCACUUCUAUGCCAAUAAAGCGCGUCCUUAUGAUCAAGCCAGAGAAAUUGAAGAAAGGAAAUCUGUGGUCUAGAGACUGUGUUCCCUCACCUGAUUCUUGGUUGCCUCAGGAAGAUGCUGUAUUGUGUGCUAUGGUUCAUGAAUAUGGGUCUAACUGGAGUUUAGUUAGCGAGACUCUUUAUGGAAUGACUGCUGGUGGGGCAUACAGAGGAAGGCAUCGCCAUCCUGCAUAUUGUUGUGAGAGAUAUAGGGAGCUUAUGCAGCGACAUAUUUUGUCUGCUUCCGACAGUGUAGUGAACGAAAAGAACCUUAACGCGGGUUCUGGGAAGGCCCUCCUUAAAGUCACUGAGGAAAAUAUGCGGGCACUCCUAAAUGUUGCAGCUGAGCAGCCAGAUACGGAGAUGCUCCUUCAAAAACACUUUACUUGCUUGCUGUCUUCAAUUUGGAGGACGUCAACACGCUCUACAAACAAUCAAAUGCGCUCCUUAAAUAAUCCCAUAUUCAACAGACAGGUUAUGGGUUCUGCGAAUCACACUCAAGAAUUAGGUAGUAAACCUUUUCAGGGGAUGAAGAUCACCAGCUUGAGUAGCAAGUUGGUAGAAUCUGCUCUCCAGAACUCAAGCACGAGCCAGCCACCCGAUACUGUUUCUCGUUCUAGAUUACAGGAGGAUCAACCUGUCCAUAAAGUGGGAUUAGACCUAACCUUGGAAUUCCCACGUGGCAAUGAUGAUUCCACGACUCAUUUCCCACCCAUCAUAAAGCUAACUAUUGAUGGAUCAGAUUCAUUCAAUUAUGUGAAUGACCCUCCAAGUGGUGAUAAGCUCAAAGCAUCUCGGGUUGCUGCAGAGGACCGUUACAGGAAUGCUGCAAAUGCGUGUAUUGAAGAUACAUUUGGAUGGGCUUCAAACACGUUCCCCGCAUAUGAUCCGAAGUCAAGAAGUGGAGUGAAAGCACCGUCUUUGGGGAAGCACAAGCUAUCCGCCUCAGACACACCCAAGUCCUCAAAAAGCAAACAGCGAAAACUCUCAGCAGCAGAACAAUCGGAAGUGGCAUGGGUGAGACCAAAUGACCCUAAUCUCAAGUUCGAUUUUACACCUGCGGAUAGAGAAGAGGAGGAAGAGGAGAAGGAGGUUUCAGAAGAGAUAGAGAUGAUAGGUUGUUCACAUUGGUACGAUCCUUUGUUAACCUCAGGCCUUGAUGAUUGCUCAUUAGAGUCUGAACCGUCAGGAAUAGAGUAGUAGAGGCUUUGUAAAAGUAAAAACUGCAUGCAGACAAAAAUGCUGAUGAUUGUGGAUGACCCCAGCUUUGUAGGUUUUUUUUUGUUUCCAGAGAUCUUGAAAAUAUUGAAUCUCAAAUAUGAUUCUAUUCGGACUUGUUUACAAUCUAAAAAUUUAUACACUAUGAUUCGAACA